AUCAGUUCUUUAAUCUAUGUUGACAUAUUAGGUGUUGUAUUAAUGGAGGUACAAGCUUUUGAAGUUGAAAACAUUCCGUUGCAUAGUUGUGAGAAUUUUAAGGAUCGUUUUCAUUGGUAUAUGUAUUUUUGCGCAUUUUCAGCUCAUCUUUUAAUUACUGCAUGUGGAAUGAGUGCUACGUGGUUUCUACCUGUUAUUCCAGUGCUACAGUCGAACGACACACAGAUUAAUCCUUUAGAAACACCUGUUACAACGCUACAAUUGUCAAUGUUAGUAUCCAUUCCGGUUUGUGCCGGUGGUUUGUCAUUUUUAUUUUGGUCGAAGAUAUUGGACAAAUUUGGUAGAAAAACUACAAUGCAGUUUCUUAGUAUAAUUUCAAUAUUCAGCUUACUUGUAUUAUCAUUUGCCGAGGAUAUCUAUACACUUGUAAUUUUUUUGUCAUUACAUAAAGUGUGUAUAAGUGGAUCGAUGAUAAGUGCUAUAGUUUACACUACUGAAAUAUCAUGUGAUGCUACGAGAGGCAGAAUGAGUUGCUUACUGUCAAUACAAGUACCUUUUGGAAUUCUAAUUGGGUACAUUCUUGGUUCGGUAACCAGUGUAAGAUACUUUACAUUGAUAUGUGGUGUACCAUUUAUAUUAUACCUGGUUCUGUCUCCAUUAUUAUCCGAAUCUCCUCGUUACCUUAUAUCAAAACAAAGAAACUUUGAAGUUAUGAAAGAAUUAAAAAAGUUGCGAGGAAAUAUAGCAUAUAUGGAGUACGAAAAUAUGAGAACACUGCUACCGGCAACAACUCCAACAAAACCGACGUUCUUAAGUAUCAUUAGAGAUAAUUGUUCAAGAAAAUCGUUCUUCCUUGGCAGUGAAAUUAUCACAUUCGAACAAUUUUCUGGUAUAUCGGUUAUUAUAACCUACGUGGGAGUUAUUUUCGAUAAUGCGAAUAUUGGUUUAAAAGGGAAUGAAGUUGCUAUAAUAAUUGGAGUGACAAAAAUAUUAUCCUACAUAUUAUCUCUUUAUCUUGUUGACAGAAUAGGGAGAAGACCAUUAAUGUUGUUUUCAAUAUUUAUGUGUAUGCUCUCACUGUUUGUUUUGGGCGUCUAUUUUCAUCAAGUGCACAUAGGUAGCCAACUAUUUGACAAUAUUCGUUGGUUGCCGAUUCUGUUUAUUAUAAUAUACAUAAUAGUGUAUUCUAUUGGAUUAGGGGUUGUUCCUCUGGCUUUCACUGGUGAAAUUUUCCCUGAUCAUUUAAGAGCAGUGGGGGUGGGAUAUGUUUUAAUUAUAGCCGUCUUGGAUUCUGCUAUUGUGAGUUUCAUUUUUCCUAUAAUAAAAGACUUUUAUGGAUUGCACUGGUGUUUCUGGCUAUUUGGUAUUGUAUCUUUGGUUGGAUAUAUUCGUAUAUAUCUUACUAUGCCCGAAACUAAGAAUAAAACAUUCUUAGAAAUUCAAAAUAUGUUAAAUGGAAUGUGAAAUGUUUUAUUAUCAUUUGAAAAAUAAAUAAAUUGCUUAUAAAAAUCUUCCAUCCGAUUCAUUACAUUGAUUGUAACGCCUUUAUAGCAUUAUCAAUUAUAUCCCCUUCGAUAAAGUUGUGUUAAUGCUAACCGAUGUUACUAUAUGCAUCGUUGAAAGGCUUCACUCCUUUUACUGAUACUAGUAAGGGUACAUUAAAAGUAAGGACCUUCUAGCCUAUUACAACCCGUCGGUUAUUGGCACCGAGUUUGAAUUAUUACGCGCCUAAUUUAAAUCGAAUUUGUGUAUUUAUUUAGCUCACAAUAUGCUCAAUAGCUUUUGGAUAUUAUCUUAUUACUUCAAUACAGAUUUUAAACUUUUAGACGUAGAAUAUAAAGUGCUUGUUAAAAACUACGUAUUCAUUUUACUAACGUUUGAUAAAGCAAUGGCGAGGCGAAACAAGUAACGAGAAGUAACAAGAAACAAAUUCAAACAUAUUUGGACAGACUGAACUUAUUAUAUGUAUGGAUUUUCAUCGAGUAAAAGCCUCAUCGAUUCAAUUUUUUUGUUUUAGUGUUUAGUUGGAAGAUAUCUUCACAUAAAUCAAAAUGGUGAACAAAAAUACUAAAUAGUUUAUUUAAUGCAAACGUUAAUUAAAUAUUUCAACACUUAAUUAUAAUAGAAAAUAAUAAUAAUAGUAAAAGCCAAAGUUCAAUGUGCUCUGCCUACUUUCCAAUGGUUUUUUUUGUUAACCAAAAGUUGU